GGGAGGCUUGCGCUUGAAUGUUACUCUCUUUUUCUCUUCCUUUCUCGAUAGCGCGAUGGAUCGGUGACGAGCGCUUGUCCGGUGCGAGUGGCAGUGUGUCCAAUGCAUCGAUUGGUCCCGGGGUUUGUGUGAAGUUCUUGGAAAUUUGCGGUGUUUCUCCCUUGUCGAGCUCAGAUUCCACUGCCAUGGCGUCUCUCCUCCUCGCCGCGGUGAAUUUCCGAGGCGCGCGCCUGGUUCUUGGAAAAUCCGGCGUCUAGAGACUCAAAUCGGCAUCGCGCAGCUCCCGCAGUGAUCCGAUCGGGCAGGGAAGGGCAGGAUCACACAGGAAUCGGAAGAAUCUUCCAGCGCGGCCGCGAAAUCCAUCGUAAUAUCGAGCGAGCGGCGCUUUCUUCAAAGGUAGAGCGAGGCGAGGGAUCGAAAUGGAGACAUGUGCCGCGUAAAUGCGAGAUUGGCAGCAGUCCUUCUCCAAUCAAUCGCCGUGAAGCCGACAGAUCUCCAAGAAAGAAGGCGAACAACAGCAGCACAGGGUUUCGAGCAAGAAAGCAAGAACAGUGAAGAAGACGACGAGGAGGGAGGAGAUCUUCCUUGUCCUACUAUGUUGAAUGGAAAGCGAAGAGAAGACGACGACGACGACGAACUAGUCCGCUCGCUCAUCAAAUGUUCGCAGCUUAGCAGCCGCCGACUCCCCUUGGCGCGAUGCGAGUGAAAGCUCUCCAAGAGGUUUAAAGUCACCCAGAUAAUUUCCUCCAUUUCCUCUCUGCCAGCCAUCACCACUGCGAUCAUCGCUACUUUCUUCUUCUUCUUCUCGGCCGCCGCUGGGAUCAUUCAUUCACGUCUCACGUUUCUGGAACACGGGGUUUCUUCCGGGCAAAGUUUUCUUCUUUAGUUUUCAAGACACAGGUGGUGGAACAAGGAGGCUUAGUUAGUAGUAGUAAUAGUGGUGACGACGACGAUAGAAAAAAAAAAGGAAGGAAGGGAGAAAAAGGAAGCUCUGGGCAGUGUGCUGUGGCUGGGCUGCCCUCAACUUUCUUUGCUGCGCACAGAGGUCCUGAAAACUACAUGUGGUCAUCCAGCGGCCUGAGCAGCAGCAAAUAAUCUUUUAUCGUAGCGUUCUUCCAGCAGUCCGUCGUCACUGGCAGCGCUGUUCUGCUACUACUGCUACUGCGACUGCUGCCGCUGCUCCUGGUGCUGCUGCUGCUACUGCUGCUACUGGGUUUUGGAAGCGGAUGGAAUGGAAUGGAGGGAAGCUGCUGGUUUGGCUCCUUUCAGUACUCUAUGCUAGCUCUGGGCCGCGGCAGCAUUUGUUGUUGCUGAUAACGAAUUGAUGGUGGAAGGCGCUUGCAAGCUUUGGCCGCGCUCUCGACACGAAACCAAACACCAAGAAUUACGUUGCUCGGUUCCGUCUCCCCGGCCGCGGCUGUGCACGGCGUAGAUAGAGUUUUCUCGGACGCUGAUGAUCGGCCGAGAAGCGAAGACACGGCACGGAACUUGCAGGAGGACGUCCUUGUUGCUGAUUGAAUGCAUGCACGCAGGAGCUGGGAAGCGCGGGUGGAUUUGUUGAGACGCAUAGAGAUCUUGGAACUUUCUUGCUUGAAAGCUCUCGUGCGUAGCGCUGUGGAGCUCAUGGCGAAUUCCAAUCAGGGAGACGGGAGAUUCGUGAACUGGGUACAGUUUCUCAAUUCCAGCCUACCACCGAAAAGCCCUUCGGGAGCCGUGGAAGCCGCUGGAUUCUCCUCCGGCCGCAGCAGCAAUGGCAGCAGUAGUAAAAUCCAUCACCAGCGAACACCAUCGGCAGGCUUCGUCCCGCAGCUCACUCCACAGUCCUGGAUCGACGACAUGCUCGACUCUCCGGAAGCUUCAGCCAGGAAGAUACACCACCGGCGCUCCGCAAGCGACACUGCUGCAUUCCUGGACCUCCCCGAUCCGAGCUCGAGCAGAUCACUCCCCGACGAGUUUAAGCGAGACGACGAGUUCUCCGACAGGAGCUACUUGUCCUCCUCGAGAGCUUCAGACUUCGAGCGGCUCGACGAAGCCGAGCAGAUCGUGUCCAUGUUUAGCAGUGUCGGAGGCUCGGAGGUAUCGCAGAGAUCCAGACCGGCAGGGCUCAUCUGCUCCUCUUCGUCAGGGGGGAAUGGAAACCACCACAGUGGCGCCGCCGCGAGGGAGGAGAAGAAGCAAGCUCCGCCGGACGCGACCACCUCUCCCUCCGAUAGCAACAGUGGUAACGAUAUGUCCACUGAAGACGGGCGGCCGGGACCAUUGAGCUGCCCCAAAACCGAGCCAGACGAGGUCCAAAGUGUGAAUGCGAGCGAAGCUCCAGGUAGCAUGACCAUUGCCACUACAGUGGGUGCCAAGCAACCGACUGCGUCAUCACACAUCGACCCGAAUAUGGAUCCCAAACGAGCCAAACGAAUUCUGGCGAACAGGCAAUCGGCUCAGCGGUCCCGCGUACGGAAACUACAGUAUAUUGCUGAACUUGAAAGGAGUGUGACUGCAUUGCAGGCGGAGGUAUCCGCGCUAACGCCCCAAGUCGCUUUCCUGGAUCACCAGAGGAUCCUGCUAAACGUGGACAACAACUCGAUAAAGCAGCGGAUAACAUCGCUCAUACAAGACAAAUGCUUCAAAGAUGCUCAAAACGAGGCACUCACGAGGGAGCUCCAGCGGCUGAGGCAAAUGGUGCUCCAGCAGCAAGACGAGCUGCGAUCGCAGCUCCAGCAAUUCAACGCGGCCGGGGACAACGACGAUCAGCAGCAGCACGAGAGCAAGCCGGACUUGUCGUCCUCGUCGUUCGGUUUGAGAGUCAAGGUACAUCCACAGCCCUCGUCCGAGAUUCUUGCCACUACUAAUUCUACUUCCACCAUUUCGACCGCCGCCACUAAUUGCUUGCUAGGGGAGAUCGAAAACGGCAAUGGUCAUGACAGUAACUAGCUAGUAAUCUCGCUGGCUCUUUUUUCUGCACAUCAUGCUAAAUUCUUUCAUUUUUUACCACCUUUUCUUUUAAUUCGAAAAAGCUAAGUUUUAG